AAGUCCGUGCUGGAUGGAGCGCUUGGUUACGCCAAAUCCGCUCUGGCGGAGGAGGUGGCUCUGCAACUUGGAGUCCGGCGUGACCAGGUCUUCAUCACCAAUGAGCUCGAGAUGAUGCAGGCUUUCCUCAUGACUGCCCAUGACGAGAGAUAUGAUGACGACAGGGUUGUCAAAGUGUGGGUGAAACAAGUCCGCGAUGUGGCCUAUGAUGUCGAGGACACCCUUCAAGAAUUUGCUGUUCGCCUUGAGAAGCAGUCCUGGUGGCGUAUCCGUCGCACACUGCUGGAUCGGCGCCGCGUGGCCAAGCAGAUGAAGGAGCUCAGAGCCAAUGUUGAGGAUGUUAGCCAGAGGAACAUGCGCUACCACCUCGUCAGAUCCAAGCCAGUGUUAACAGCUGCUGAGCAAUCUGCCAUCGCUUCUGCAACAUUGUUUGGCAUCGAUGGAGCGAGGAAUGCCACCAAAUACAAGAAAUCAAACGUGGAUCUUGCCCAGCUGCUCAUGGUCAACAAAGAUGAGAAUACUGACCUAGGGGUGAUAGCGGUGUGGGGAACAAGUACUGAUCUUGGGCAGACGUCCAUCAUCAGGGUGGUCUACGAGAAUCCAGAUAUCAAAACCAAAUUCCCAUGUCGAGCUUGGGUCAGGCUGACACAUCCUUUCGAUUCAAAAGAUUUCAUUCAGAGUUUAGUGAAGCAAUUUUACACGGCUGUAGGGGCUACAGUCCUGUUUGGAAUGGAAAUGACAACACCAUUUGAACUAGCUGAGAAGUUUGAUUGGUAUGUGAAGAAGAAGAGAUACCUUAUUGUGCUUAAUGGCCUAUCCACUAUUGAAGAAUGGGAUUGGGUUAAAGGAUUCUUUCCGGACAACAAUCUGGGGAGCAGAAUCAUAGUCUCUACAACGCAAGUUGAAGUUGCAAGCUUAUGUGUAGGGCAAGAAAGCAUAGUUUCACAGCUCAACCAAUUGUCUGCUGAUCAAAACAUUUAUGCUUUCAACCAGAAGGGUUGUCAAGGUAGAACCGGGUUAACUACAUCGAACACAACUAGUACUGGUGUAGAUAACAACUCCACAUCGUCUGCUGUGGAGAUAUUACCUGAACAAUCUAAAGGUGAUGACGGAAAGCAUGAAGUGAAAAAUCGCAUCACUCGCACCAAGACGAUGGUGGCUGCUUUGGAGGAAUCUCAUCUUGUUGGGCGGAAGAAAGAAAAAGGUGAAAUUAUCAAACUGAUUUCAAAUCGAAUUACCCAAUUGCAGGUGAUCUCGGUGUGGGGAAUGGGUGGUCUUGGAAAA